AUGGCGUAUGUCAUCCCAUCCGAAGAGGUCCUCGAGGAUCUAAACAUCAACAAAAUCAACAAGGAAAAGACCCAUUUUACCCAGAAAAAAAACAUUCAAAAUGCUCUAGAUAAUGCUCUCGACUCCUUCAGCGUGAAUAAGCCCAAAAUCGACUCCGAUUCCCGAAUCGACACCUGGAUCAACCGUCUCAAGGACUACGCCCUGGAUUCCAUCCAGGACGACGACAUUGACGGACAAGAAUAUACAGUCAAUGGCAACAACGAAGACAUAAUCGACAGCAACUUCCCCUUCCCCAUCCCACGCCUCCCCUUCUCAAAGCACCACCACCACGGAGACUCCGACAAAACCAUCUACCAACUCAUCUCCUCAAGCAAAUAUACAACUAAUCUUACCAAAAUAAUCGACGAAGACGAAUCCCUCGUCCACCUCCUCAACAAUACGAGUCAUAACUUCACCCUCUUCGCACCCACGGACGACGCCUUCGCUAAACUCCCGCCUCAUCUUCCCGAGUUGCCCAAGGAAUUGAUCCGUUCUGUGCUGCGCUACCAUCUCGCUGCGGGCGUUUAUCCAGCACUAGACAUCUUCCACCACCAGACUCUGCCGACGUUGUUGAAUGAGACUGCAUCUGGACAUGAACUCCCGCAGAGAGUCGCCGUUCGUCCUGGAUGGAAGGGCCUCAAGGUUAACCACUACAGUCGCCUGGUGGCCGUUGAUAUUGCCGCCUCAAACGGCCUGAUACACGGCAUCGACUCCAUCCUCCUCCCACCCCCACCAGCCCUCUCCCUCUUCACCAUUGUCCCCACCCAAUUCAGCACCUUCACACUCGGCCUCCUAAAAACCGGCCUCGCCGCCAUCCUUGAAGAUGCAGAUAAACGCGUCACCAUCUUCGCCCCCUCCAACAAAGCCUUCGAGCACCUAGGCCUGCAUAUCAACGCCUUCCUCUUCUCACACCACGGCACCAAGUAUCUCCGUGCGCUACUACAGUAUCACAUCGUCCAGAACCGGACGCUCUACUCAGACGUGUUCUACACGUCUGAUGGCCAGAUCCGUGAACUUGGUACCAAGGGCUAUACGCAUCUUGAUUUGCCGACGUUGUUGGGUGAGAAAGGACGGCCCGGGCUGGCGGUUGAUGUUUCAAGGUUUGGGGCGCAUACGUUGAUUAAAUUGAAUGGGAGCCGGAAGGUUGCGUUUGCGGAUGCGCUCGCGAGAGAUGGGGCUGUGCAUAUUUUGGAUCAUGUUUUGGUUCCACCGUGCAAGUAUCGAGGUGAUGUUGCUGAUGAGGAUCGGGAUGAGGAUGAGUUGACUGUUGAGGACUUAAAGGAUCGGUUGAGUGACUGGGUUGUCGAUGACGUUCCUGGCAACAUCUGGGGCCAUGACGGUGAGCUUUAG